AUGGCUGAUGUACUCAUCAUUCCUUGCGCCAUUGGCGUUGAGGACUCCUUCGGUCCGGUGGUGGAUGCCACCUGCCUCGGCGGCUUCGACUUCACGCUGCUUUUCGAAGAGGCAUUGCUCAGCAUCGUCCCCAUUGGCAUUGCAUCCUUCUGGGCUGCUUUUCGCAUCGCCGCCCUUUAUGGGCAAGCCAAUAAGUCUCGUUCGUCAUGGCUAUUGAGCCUCAAAAUGCUCGCUUUUGCGACCUACGUAGCUCUUCAAGUUACCUUGGUAGUAGUAUGGGCCGCUGGCGGCAUCCCGGCGACUCGCCUGACUUUCCCCUGCGCUGCCUUGAUCAUCGCUGGAUCGUGCCUACUAUGGCUCGUUUCCUUGCUGGAGCACAAACGCUCCGUGCGGCCUUCUACUGUCUUAUGCGUCUACCUGGGCAUAUCCGUUCUACUAGACCUCGCCCGCGUUCGCACGCUCUUUUUCAUGCCAGGGACCACAGUCGUCGCUCGAGUCAAUCUCGCCGGAUACUGCACAAAGGUCCUGUUGCUUUGCCUUGAGGCCACGGAAAAACGACACCUUCUGUACCCUGAAUGGCGUCACGUGUCCCCCGAGGAAGCAAGUGGUGUUCUCAACAGGUCAUUCUUCGUCUGGUUGAACGCAGUAUUCAUCAAGGGCUUCAGAACGGUUCUCACGGUCAACAUCCUGACGCCGCUGGACUCGCAGCUCUUGUCUGCCUCUAACCCUCUUAAGCUGAUGAUUUCCUGGGCAAAUAAAACUCAAACAAGUCAGGAUGCCCUUUUCUGGACAUAUCUAAACUACUACAAAUGGAGUUUCUUAGCAGGCGUCUUGCCGCGGCUUGCGUAUACUGGCUUUAGCUUCUCACAGCCGUUCUUGGUUGAACGGGUGCUUGACUUUUCGGCGGAUCCUUCUGGCGAGAAUUCAGAGAAUGUUGGCUACAGCUUGGUUGGAGCCUACGCUAUCGUAUACAUCGGCCUCUCGAUAUCAUACGCAGUCUAUCAGCACAAGACCUACCGCUUGCUAACCAUGUUCCGUGGGAGCCUCAUUGCCAUGAUCUUCGACAAGACGCUUCGCAUAGACUCGUCAGCUAUUCAAGAUGCCGAGGCCAUCACGCUUAUGAGCGCCGAUAUUGACCGAAUUGCGUCUAGCAUGCCGCUUAUCCACGAGCUCUAUGCAAGCUUUAUAGAAACCGGUAUUGCUUUAUAUCUUCUUUACAGACUCCUGGGGCUUGCUAUUGUUGCUCCGAUAGUGUGGAUUGUCGUCUGCCUCAUUGCCGGCAUUCCACUCGCCAAAGCCGCGGGCGAUGCCCAGAUCCCAUGGCUUGAGGCAAUUGAAGUACGCCUCGCUGCCACUGCCAAGGCACUCGGUGCCACAAAGGCGAUCAAAAUGACUGGACUGGCCGACAUUGUUUCAGCCCAAAUAACCGGCCUCCGUUUGUCGGAAAUUCGUGCAUCUAGGCGAUAUCGUAUUCUCAAUAUUUUCGUAUUCAUAUCUUACUUCGCGUCCUCUGCUUUAGCUCCUGUUUUCGGCUUUCUAGUGUACAGCCUCCUUGCCAGGAACAAUGAUGACGGCACUCUUACGGAAGGAGUGGCGUUUGCCUCCCUCAGUGUCUUUGAGCUGUUGCAACAGCCCAUGAUGUACGCCAUAGAUGGCGUGGAGCAUGUCAAGACAAUCAUCAACUCUUUCCGGCGAAUCCAAGAGUACCUCCAGACCAAGGAAACUGAAGAUUACAGAAUCACGCCAGAAACUGAUGCAAGCUCCUCGCAGACGAGUAUUUGCAAAGAAUACAAGCAAAAAGGCAUGAUGCUGAAAGAUGAACCCGCACUGGAGAAGUAUCACUUUUCAGUCACAGUUCAACAAGGAUCUGCUGGAUAUGCCGAAGAUGAGUUGAUCCUUAAGGAUCUUAACUUCGAAUUGCCAAUGGGCCAAACGACUGUCAUCAUGGGUCCGGUGGGUUGUGGAAAGUCAACCCUCCUCAAGCUUAUCCUUGGCGAGCUGCCUGUUGUCUCCGGUACCAUCACAACGAGCUUCUCCAAGGCAGCAUACUGUUCACAGUCUCCGUGGACAACCUGGGGCUCCAUACAGAGUAACAUUGUCGGCAUGUCUCCUUGGGACCAGGAAUGGUACGGUUCUGUCGUAUCCGCUUGCGCACUGUCUGCGGACUUUGCGGAGCUCGCGGAUGGCGACCAGACUGCCAUUGGAACCAGGGGCGCAAGGCUGAGUGGCGGCCAGCAGAUGCGGGUGAGCUUGGCCAGAGCUCUGUAUUCCAGGAACUCCGUCCUAGUACUAGACGAUUGUCUAAGCGGUCUGGACCGUACAACCGAACGGCAUAUCGUUGAUGCUGUCUUUGGCUCUGACGGGCUGCUCAAGAAACUGGGCGGCAUCACCGUCAUCCUCGCGACAAAUUCCGGUCAUCAUAUCAGCUUUGCCGAUUACGUGGUGGUCAUUGGCUCAGACGGAGUUGUUACUCGGCAUGGUGCUACAGUCGACAUGUCCCCCGACGAGGAAAUCGUGCAUGAAGACCCGGAAGAGACUACAACUCCCAAACAUCCAGCGCCCGGAGCAGAUGCCGAACUACCAGAGGAAGUUCUACAAGAGCUUGACUUGCUCGACGACCCCGAUCAGGGAGUGAGUCGCAUGACUGGGGAUUUGAAAGUCUACGGCUACUACGCCAAGAUCGCAGGACCCUGGACAAUGUUUAUUUACCUCCUGGCAUGCGCGACGUUCGUGUUCGGCGUCACUUUUCCCUCCAUCUGGGUUCAAUGGUGGACCAACGCAAACGCAGAAAACCCAAACGACAGACUUGGCUACUACUUGGGAGUGUUUGCAGGACUUGGUCUCCUGACAGUCAUCGGCUGCACUCUUGCAGAUAGCAUCUUCAAUUUGGUUGUUCUGCCCAAGACUUCGCGAAAGUUUCAUGAGUUACUGCUCACUACAACGAUGAGGGCACCAACUUCAUUCCUCACCUCAACAAAUGCGGGAACAACAAUCAAUCGAUUCAGCCAAGACUUGGAGCUCAUUGACAAUGAUCUACCCCAGUCGAUUGAUUCAUUCAUCUUUCAGUUCAUGUCCGCCAUUGUGUCUGCUGUCUUUGUCUUCAUCGGCUCCGGAUACGUCGCGGCGGCUAUCCCUGCCUGUCUGGCUCUCCUCACGCUCCUGCAGUUCUACUACCUUCGCACCUCGCGCCAGCUACGUUUGCUGGACAUCGAGGCCAAGGCACCGCUAUUUUCACAAUUCCUAGAAACGGUCAAUGGCAUUGCCUGCAUUCGGGCCUAUGGCUGGACCGAGAAUUACUCGGACCGAAACUACAACGCCUUGAAUGCCUCGCAGAAGCCAUUUUAUCUGCUGUACUGCAUCCAAAGAUGGCUCACGUUGGUCCUGGACCUCUUCAAUGCGGGCGUCGCCAUCAUGCUAGUAGGGAUAGCGACCAACGUGCACAAUGGAUCCACCAGUUUCCUCGGCGUUGCGCUUUUCAAUAUCGUCACCUUCUCCUCCACGUUGCAGACUUUGGUCACUGCGUGGACCCAGGUCGAGAUGGCGCUUGGCGCAAUCAACAGGAUCCGGUCCUUUGUCAAGACGGUCAAGGAUGAGAAUGUAGCGACUGAGACAGAACCCGUCCCUGAUGACUGGCCACAGCACGGUGUUAUCGCGUUCGACAACGUUUCUGCCUCCUAUGAGACAUCUUCCGAGCCAGUGCUCAAGGACAUCUCCUUUUCCGUCCAAGCUGGAGAGAAGCUCGCCAUUUGCGGACGAACCGGAAGUGGAAAGUCAUCUCUCGUCUCCGCAAUAUUGCGGAUGCUAGAGAUGGACUCCGGUACCAUCUCCAUUGACGAUGUAGACAUCAGCACCAUCCCACGGCAGGAAAUCCGUCGCCGGCUCAUCAGCUUGCCGCAAGAGCCCUUUUUCAUUCACGGCACUGUUCGUGAGAAUAUCGACCCCCAGGACGGAGCAACUGACGAUCGUAUCGAGGAGGUGCUCCGCUCUGUUGAUAUGUGGGGCUUCUUUGAGUCCCGUGGUGGCCUCGAUGAGCUUCUGGAAGACGACAAGCUGUCACACGGUCAACGACAAUUGUUUUGCCUUGCGAGAGCCAUACUCAAGCAAGGCAAGAUCCUCAUCAUGGAUGAAGCAACGAGCAGUGUCGAUGCGGAGACCGAUGCGGUGAUGCAGCGAGUGCUAAGGGAGGAAUUUGGCGGUCGAACAAUGGUGGCAAUCGCACAUAAGCUGCAAACGAUACUUGAUUUUGACCGGAUCAUACUCUUGGACAAGGGGCGGAUUGUCGAGACUGGCAAUCCUCAGGAGCUUCUUACAGAUGAGACGUCGGCAUUCCGGGUACUGUACGAGAGUUUAGCCAGCGCGGCUGAAGAGCUAUAG